AUGCAGCUGGACUGCCCUCUAGUGGGCAUUCAGAAGGAUCAGGAGGAGACUCUGCAGGAGCUGAAGAAGAGGAUGGGGGAGGUGCAGAGAGAGGGAGAGAGACGGGAGGCACUACGACGUCAGACCAGCGAACUGGGCUACAUCACAGAGAGAGAGGAGAGAAUGAAGAAAGAACUAGAGACCGCCCUACAGAGAGUCAAGACUCUAGAAACCAACAUAGAGUCUGAGAGAGCUGCUCACCUGGAGUCUAAAUUCAACUCUGAGAUCAUACAGCUGCGUAUCCGUGACCUGGAGGCAGCUCUACAGGUGGAGAAGUGUAGCCAGGCUGAAGCCGUGUCCAGUCUGGACAUGGUCAAACAACAGUUCAGAGAGGUGGAGCGAGCCUACAGCAUAGAGAGAGACAGGGCACGGGACUCUACUGGCAGACUGGCACAGCUGGAGAAGGACUACCUGAGCUCUAAGGCAGAGUUGAGUGCAGCGGUGGAGAAGGAGAGAAGAACUGCAUCACAAGUCCGAGACCAACUACAGGAACUACACACGCUACACACGCACAGCCUGACACAGCUGGACAUGGCUCGUAAGCGUCAGGUGUUGCUGGAGGAGGAAUUUGAGAGCUAUCUUAGAGAGUUACAACAGCUACUGCAACUACACACCGUUGUAGGACAACUCACCACAGAAGAGCCAGUUGGAGAGGGAAGAAAGCACAGCCCCUCUACUGUCAUGAACAUGCUGGGGACAGCCCUGACUACAUACCAGACCACCCUGGACCAGACUACUACAGAGGUCCUGGAUCAGCAGAAACAGUCAGAGAGGCUGGUCCAGGAGGUUCAGUCCAACCAGCGACUGAUGUCAGAACAGAAGAGUCACUUAGAGGAGCUCCGUGCAGCGCUGUCUGACUGUAACGUAGAGUUACAGCGUCUGAGAUCCCAGUGUUCUGAAAAGACGCUCCAGACCAACCGACUACAGACUGACCUACAGACCGCCCAGCAACACUGGGAGAAGGAGAGAGAAAGGGAGAAGCAGAGAGAGGGUGAGAGGGAGAAAACGAGGGAGAAGCAGAGGGAAGGAGAGCGGGAGAAGGAGAGAGAGAGGACCGUGGAGUUGCAGGCAGAAGUUCAGAGGAUCAGACAACUCAAUCAGAUAGAUUCUCAGGAGAAGUUGUCGUUCCUUCACGGUCUGUUCCAGCGUCUGUUGGCGGGCUGCGUCCUCGUCUCCCAGCCACAAUGCAUCCUGGGUAGUUUCUCCUGGGCGGAGCUCUGUGAUGUCAUAACGGAACACGUCGACACCCUCACCUCUGACCUUACACGCGCCAACGAGAGGGUGUCCCACCUGCAGGCUGUGUGUGAGAGUAACAGUGUGUGUGUAUCUCAGCUGCAGCAGAGCCAGGAAGGGGUGUUAGUGAGAAUAGAGGAGACAGUGAAACAGAGAGAAGAGACCUGGACAGCACAGAGACAUGAGAUGGACCAGCAACACACACACACUGUUACACUGCUACAGGGGAAGAUACAGAUGUUCGCUGCUCAGCUUGAGGAGGCCCGUCAGAGACUAUCCUCACUCGAGAAAGAACGCAGCCAGCUGACCAAUGACCUCGCCAUGCUCCAGAAAACCCUAACCCAGUCUGACCUCCAGGGGUCAACCCUGCUCUCAGCCUGCACCCUACUGGCUGCGCUCACACACCUCACACACGCCACACACACACUCCGCACACAGAAAACUCUCCUCACUCGCCGCUUGGCGGAGCGAGAGGGCCUAGAGAUGGAGGUUAGAACGCUCGUACAAGCUCUAGGGGAGGGAAGAGGAGAGGGGGAUGAGCAGAGGAAGGGAGGAGGGGUGAGGAGGUGGAGAAGGUGUGUGGUGUGUGUGAUAGCUGUGAACAGGUUGUGUGUGUUGGGACGGGGGAGCAGGCUGGUGUUUAGGGUGGGUGGGCAGAGGUACCCCUCUAUAGGAGUUCGUGUUUCAGUCGUCCCUCCUCUGGAGGAGAGAGAGAAGGACUCAACAUCGCCAUCUAAAGGUGAAGAGGAUAAUGACGAUGAAGGGAGAGGAAGACUGUGUGUGAGGUGGCUUCGUCGUAAAGAUAUCUCCUUCUUCAUCAUGUCUUCCAUGGCUGAACUACAAGAGGCCUUAGAGCACACAGUAUCUUCCUCUCGGGUGGUAUUGUCUGCCGCUCGUAACAGUCUAUCCCGCCUCCUGGACCACCUCCUCACCCCCUCAGACCGAGGGUCCCAUCUCACACCCUAUAGCGUGAACAAGGGUACUCUGGUUAGUAGGCUGGGACAGGGCUUACACCGACUCAUGGCCAAACAGAUGAGCAAUAAGUGUCUGGUGGUUUCGCUGCAGCAACACUUCCUGGUUUUCACCCACCGGCUGCACUCCGCUGAGGUGGAGAGGCGGAGCCUGAGGUUAGAGGUCGCGCGCCUCAAACGUGUCACCAAGGACGACCGAGGACCGUGCCACCUGGUGCCGGCAGAGCGGUUUGGCAGUGUGUGUGAGGAGUUGAGACAGGCCUUACAGAGAGAGGAGCAGGCUCAGGGUCUCCUGAGACAACAGUCUGACCAGCUACACACACUGGGGUUACGCAUGGACACACAUUGUGGAGAAGAGAGAGAGAGAGAACACACACUCUCACAGGCCGUACAGAGUCUGUCGGAAGCUCGUCAGGAGGUGCGUCAGAAGGAGCAGUCUCUAAGGGUUCUGGGUAAACACCUGUCGGACGUACAGCAGGAGAAGAAGAGUCUGGAGGAGAGUGUCAGACACGCGGAGGAUGCACUACGCAUGGCAGCCAAGCGCAAGGACUCCCUGGCCAGCUACAUGAGAGCAGUAGAGAGCAGCUACAGAGAGGUCAGAGACCGUAUCGUCCAAUCACGAUCCACCUCCACUGACAAGGACCUCCCUCUGCAGUUACCAAGAGUGCACCUGGAUCUGACCGGACCGGAGAGGUUGCUGGGAGGGCCGGACGUGGCCGCCUGUCAGAGCCUGGUGGGGACGUUCUCUGAGUUAUACCACGCAGCGUUCUCCAGGAUUGGCUCGAUGGAGAGGGAAAUCUCCGCCCACCAGAGCCAUGUCUCCGCCCUCCGGAAAGAACUACACGAUGCCUGUCUCAGGGAGGACCUCUGUUUCAUCCCUGUGUGCGAUUCUCAAUCGUCAAUGACCCCUCACCCAGACGACCUCUGUCAACUCGUCGUUGACCCUGAAGCCCCUCCUACCGAACACACCAACGUCCUGCUGAGGGAGGCAACAGGCAAACCCAACCCUACCCCCUCCUCGCUCCCUCCCUCCCCCUUGUCAGACCCCCUAAAAAGGCUAAGGGCAUGUAUCUGUGCUGUGUUACAAGGGCUCAGGUAUGAGGGUCUCCCUGCUCCAGAGGGCUCAGGUAUGAGGGUCUCCCUGCUCCAGAUGGCUCAG